AUGAUCAUUGAGAAGAGUACCAGCUGCACGAGUACACAGCACAAGGCAGCACACAGCAGCAGCAGCGGCGGCGGCAGCACACCACCACCAGCACUACCCAACCCGGCCCUGGUCCUGACCCUUGACCCUCCACCCUCGUCGCUUUUUCUGGUCACCACAGCAAAACCCCGCUUCCGGUGCUUCCCCACGUCCUGUUUCACCCCAGCCAGCCAGGCCCUCGCCCCGGCACCACCACAAACCCUUGAACCCUGA